AUGAACGCCGCGUUGGAGAGACAGGCCACUGAGUGCGGCGUCCGCACUGUGCCUGUAGAGAGAAAGUUCAUCGACGAAAAGGGCCUCCGCCACAUCAACAACUACGUCGUUGGCCGCCGACUCGGAUCAGGUCACUUUUCCAGCCUGAAGCAGUACGAUCUCGUGGACCCCGGGACGGGAGCAGUCGCUGGCCAGUUCGCCUGCAAGCGCUACCGAAAGGCGGUGCUGGCGCGGAAGAAGCAGUUUCGCAAAGAUCCGGAGACGGGCAGGCCGCAGAUCUACAGCAAGCUGCAGGAAGUGCUCGAGGAAAUCAAAGUCCUCGCCAUGCUCAACCACCCGCACUGCCUGCACCUGCGCGAGGUCCUCUCCACCUCCCGCUACGACGACAGCGAGGACGGCAAACUCUACAUCAUCACCAACCUGCAAGCUUGUGGCGCCGUCAUGAGCCUGGAGGACGCCCAAAACGAAGACGACGAGGAGACGUUUGUACCCGCUCUCCCGCACAAAUCGACGAUCCCCGAGGCUGUCUGCCGAUGCAUCAUCCGCGACGCCGCCAAGGGCCUUCUCUACAUGCAUGAGGAGUUGAACGCCGCUCAUCGCGACGUCAAGCCCGACAAUCUGCUUAUGGGUGAAGACGGGACCGUUCAGCUCGGCGACAUGGGGACAGCGGAGUUCAUGGAUGCGCGAGGCCGCGUUCGCCACACCAAGGGCACGUAUAUGUUCAUGGCGCCCGAGUCGAUGCGCGUUUCCGGUGCCGACGACGAAGCGCCCUACACGGGUCACAGCGGCCGCGCGGCGGACGUCUGGGCUCUAGGCAUCUCACUCUACGUGAUGCUUUUCGGGCGAACGCCGUUCAAAGCGACCGCAUGCAUGGAGACGCUCUUUGAACAGUUGGAGCGGGGCCACGUGGAGAUUCCGCCGGGCGAAGAGUCCGCCGUGUCUGAGCAAGGCAAGGAAGUUCUGGGGGCCCUCCUUCAAGCCGAAGUGAAGGACCGAAUCACGCUUCCCCAGCUUUUGGAACAUCCUUGGAUCAAGGAGGCGGAUAGUCGCGAGGCCGCCGCGUAUGCGAAGCGCGUCUUAGACGCGCAGAGCGCCGCAGCAUCGGCGCCUGCGUGA